CGCUUUUAGCUAAUGGAUGAAGGCUAGCUUCUUGUCAUUCGUACAAUUUUACCUUUAUUUAUCAAUUAAGGUGAUUUGUAAACUUGGAAAUUAACACCUGGAAGAUAAAGAUUCUUAAUUGUGUUUAGGAACCAGCAUGGCUUCGCGGAGAGUGAUCUCUCUUCGGAGAUUGCUUCAUUCUUUUCCCGGUCGAACAGCUCUCACAAGUCAACACACAACGAAACACAACACAAGAAAGGUUUUUUUUGCGUUUGGAUGUGCUAUAACAGGGGGUAGCUAUUUGAUGUACCGUUCAUGGAAACAUGGGGAUGUAUCUCAUGUUUUGCCAGUUGUACAUGCACGAGAUACGAAAGAGGAAGAAAAAGUUACGCCAAAGAUGACCUAUAGAGAAUUAAGAUUUCGUCAGUUUGCCUCUGUUGAAAGUCACGGUUCCAUUUACAUGACUCCUCAAGAUUUCCUAGAAUCGGUUACAGAAGAAACACCAAGACCUCGUAUUGGUCGUUGUAAACUAAGCCCUCCAGAAGUAGAAGCGAUGUUAAGAUUGACGCCAACCCGCUCAAGAGGCUCAACUAAACUUUUUCGAAACUUACACAAUAAAGGGCUAAUAUCUUAUACAGAGUAUCUGUUUCUAUUAUGUGUGCUUACAAAACCACAUUCAGGUUUCCGUAUCGCCUUCAAUAUGUUUGAUACAGAUGGUAACCAAAUAGUUGACAAGAAAGAGUUCCUUGUGUUGACAGGUAUUCUUGCUUUAAAGUUGGAAUCUUUCUUCGCUCUUCCGUCCAAUCAGAGAAAAUUUGUUCCAAGGGGUCGCAAAGCACUGGAUGAACUUUUGGCCUUGGAACAAGUGUUCAGCAAUCAGCCUGAUGCCAAGGGAGAUAAAUCCAACAAAGACUCUUCGAAUUAUAUGCAACUACCAGAAAGUUUACCUGAUGUACAAGACACAACUUUAUUGAUACAUUUCUUUGGUCAGAGAGGUUCAGAUGUACUUAAAUAUGAUGACUUCUACAGAUUUAUGGAAAAUUUACAGAGUGAAGUUAUUGAGCUAGAGUUUUUAGAAUUUUCUAAAGGAAUGAAUACAAUAUCUGAAGUAGAUUUUGCUCGCAUUUUAUUGAGAUAUACAUUAUUAGAUAAGGCAGAAAUAGACCAGUGUAUUGACAGGGUUAAAGAGCGCAUUCCUGAAGAAAUGGGUAUAUCUUUCAAAGAUUUUAAACAGUUUUGUCAGUUUUUGAACAAUUUAGAUGAUUUUUCAAUAGCUAUGAAAUUGUACACUUAUGCUGAACAGCCAGUUUCACAAGAAGACUUCCAGAGAGCUGUAAAGAUCUGUACAGGUUUUACGUUAGGUAAACAUAUUGUUAAUACCAUGUUCCAGAUAUUUGAUGUGGAUGGAGAUGGUCAUCUUAGUCAUCAAGAAUUUAUUUCCAUUAUGAAAGACAGACUCCAUAGGGGUUCAAGGUCCCAUCUGAUGCACACACAAGGAAACUGGGAGAAUUUUCGGGCGUGUGUCAAAAAUGAAAUGAAAACUUUUUAAAUGUUUGUGCACUACAUGCUAUAGAGUAUCUUCAUUCAUAAUGAUUGCAUAAUUUAUUGAUACAGUAUAUAAUUCACAGAUUUAUUUUACAUACAAUCUUCAUAAGAUAUUAGUAAUAUAUUACUGGCUAUAAAUAAGCUGUUAAAAAAAAUUGUUACAUGCUACAUGAUAAAGCUAGUAGUGGGAAUAGAUUCAUGGUAUGCCUUCACUGCUUGUAAAUAUGAAAAAAAUCUGCAGUGUCUUAAGUUCUCCUUUUAAGUUCUGAUUUUACCAAUAUUUAAAUAUAUUAAUAUUACAGAUCAUGUAAAUCCAACAUUUAUAAGAACUAACACAUUUGGGGUUCUUGACUCUAAAAAAUGACAAUGCAUGUUUGUUUUCUUGAUAUGGCUUUGGUGACUUUUUUGGACAAAGUCUCUUUAUUCCCUCAUGUUUCGUAUUUCUGAAUGGUUAUGUUAAAGUGUAGGCCAGACGCCAGUAUUACUUCACUUUCUUCAAAUUAUUUCUUUAUGUGGGAAAAAAGAUGAGUUUGCAUUCAGUUAUAUAGUACACAGAAUGUAACAUCUGAUACCUAUAACCUCAAACUUGAUGCCAAAAAAACUCUGCUGGAAACUACUUUUAUAGAAAAGUUUGUAUUGGUUAUCUUAGAAAUUAAAAGGAAAUGUAAUUGUCUGUUUAAUAUCUUUAUUGAAAUCAAUUAGGUCAUAUUAAAUGUACUUGAUUCAUGGAAACUAAGAAAUUGAUUCAGAACUGGAAAUACAGGAAGAGAAAGAAUAUUGCCUUAACAGAAAAAGACAUCUUGUGUGAUGAAUUGUAGUCCUUUAUUAGACAGGAUGGGUAGUAGUAGUGUUUCAAAUCAAAAGCUUUCUCAAAUACUUAUAAUCCAUAAUUCUCCAUUAUUAAUAUUCAUAUGGUUAUAUUGUACCACAUAGUGUAGUAUAUGAACAUGCAUGAAAGUUUUUCAACAAGUAUGCAAUGGAUACUUAUAUCCAAAGUGUAACUGCACUGCUUUAAAGGGGUAUUGCCAGAUAAUAUAAAAUUAAUUAUAGAAGCAAAAAGGUGAUGUCAUGUUAAAACCCUAAUGAAAACAUAUCAUUUUGUGUAUUUUGAAUCCUUAUUUCUGUUUAAGAUAAGAGUUAAUAUCUUGAAACAAAUUUAUUUCAAAAGAAACUAUACUAAAAUUGUGAGACUACUGUAAAAAUAUAACUGUAGAAGUUCAAACAGGGACACUUUAGUGGGAUACAUUAGUUCAAUGGUUGUAUUGGGGAGCCAUAUUUAACCAUAGUUUCAGUUUUAUUAUCAGAAUUAUAAAGGGAUUAAAAUACUAUUUUUGAUAUAGUUUCUUUUAGAGGUUGGUGUACAAAUUAUCCUUGUUGUAUUGAACAUUGAUUAGAGUUCUGCUAAUGCCACUUUCACUGUAAAUACAUUUUGUUAUUGUUUAUAUUACUAGAUGAGAUAUUUUAUAGUAGUAAAUACAUGUAUUGUUAAUAACGUUUUCUAUUCUAUUUAUCUUUGUUAUUUACAUGUGAUAUAAUAUUAUUGGAAUGUUUUCUAUUCUAACUUAUUGAUUAAAAUAUAUAAAACUUAAA